CGCUAGAGCAGCACCUGCCAAACACCCGGUAAAGUCUAGACAUCGAUCGAGCCCUUCUCUUGCUAUGCGCUUGGUCUCCUCAGUGCUUGCCUUGCCACUCGCACGCCUAGCUCCUUCCAUCAGGCAAGCUCGGUGGCUAGUUCCUCCAUCAGCUCAGCACUGCCCUCUGGUGCUCGCGAUCAACUCCUUCACGCCGUGGCGGCUCCCUGGGCGUCGUUCCCCAGCCACCUCGCCGGUGUUCUCACCUUGGCUGCCCUCGUCGAGUCCUUUGCCGAUGUUUUCAAUCAGCCACGCCGACCUCCACUCCAGCUUAGACCGGUGGCGGACGCGUACUUUCCUGUCCUCGUGUUCGAAUCGACGUCACUCAGUGUCCCAUGCCGUCGUGCCAUCUCAGUCGUCCCCAGUUCUUCCUCGCCCGUACCGUGUGUUGCAACAAGCUCUUCGUCGAUCCAGGUGCUCGCCUCCUCGCCAUCGCUUUACGGAUUCGGCGUCGUGAGUUUCACCUCGCCGUUACAAUGUCUUGAUCUUUUGUAACUUCGGCAAAUCGUUGUCUGCGUUGUCAUAUGGUGCUCCCUACUCCCUACCUAGUGGUGAGCUGUCGUCGAUCCUGAUCUUUAUUUUACUGUUUCAAAUCAAUUUAGCACGUUUGCCAUA